UGAAACACAUCCACUUUCUCAGUUCUAUCUUGUUGUUAUUUAUACGUUCCCAACAAAAACUCUUUCACAAUCUUCCUCACUUCUUCACCAAUCACAGGAAAAGUCUACUAAAAAAAUGGAGUUCCAAACCCCAAACGACAAUGAAUCAAACCGAAUCUCAAACUUGGAAACAGAACUUGAAAUUACCCCAAAUGGCCAAACUCUAAAUCCACAUGCGCCCCAAGUUUUCCCUGAAGACUAUGACAGCGCCUGCUCCACACCCUAUGUCAGUGCUCCUUCAAGCCCUGGACGGGCGCCAGGACCAGGCCCUGGAUCCAUCAAUGGUGGGUUCUUUUAUAGUGCACCAGCUAGCCCUAUGCAUUUUGCAAUGACAUCUGUUGCUUCAAUGGUGUCAUCAACCCAACCAUCUUCUCCUGAUAACUCAGUGCCUCUUGGUUUUGAGUUUGAAUUCUCUGCGAGAUUUGGGUCUUCAGGGUCAGGUCAAACAGGAUCUAUGAGCUCAGCUGAUGAACUUUUCUUGAAUGGACAGAUCAGACCUAUGAAGCUAUCCACCCAUUUAGAAAGGCCUCAGAUUUUGGCUCCUUUGCUGGAUCUUCAAAAUGAAGAUGAAGAAAAUGAAGAUCCUGAUAACAAAGUAAGAGGCAGAGAUCUGAGGCUGAGGGAUAAGUCUUUAAGGAGAAGAACAAGAUCCAUGUCCCCUUUUAGAAGUGCUACUUUUGCUCUCAAUCUGGAUGACCAAAGCAUGUGCUUAGAUAAAGGUUUGGGCAAGAAAGCUGACAGCAAGAACGAUGAUGAAGAGAUGUAUAAUGAAACAAGUGCUUCAAUGUCAGCUUCUUCUUCCAGGUCUUCUUCAGCUGGAAGAAGCUCAAAGAGAUGGGUUUUCUUGAAAGAUUUUCUAAGGAGCAAAAGUGAAGGAAGAAGCAACAAUAAGUUCUGGUCAACUAUUUCUUUCUCUCCAGCAAAAGAAAAGAAACCUGGGAGCAAAACCAGUGCUGUGGUUCAGGAGUCUAAAGAUAAGCUAAGCAAUGUGUCAAGUGGGGGAUCAGAGAAUCAAAGAAGCAGUAAGAACAAGCCAGUGAAUGGGAUAGGCAAGAGGAGGGUUCCACCAUCACCACAUGAGUUGCAUUACACAGCUAAUAGAGCACAAGCUGAAGAAAUGAGGAAGAAGACUUUUUUGCCUUACAGACAAGGCUUGCUUGGUUGCUUGGGAUUUAGUUCCAAAGGUUAUGGUGCCAUGAAUGGCUUAGCUAGAGCUCUGAAUCCUGUUAAUUAAGGGUUUGAAAGAAAUUGUAUAGAAUUUUUUUAACCUUAGCUUUUCACUAAGAAUUUCAAUGAUCAUAAAUGUAUUUUACAGUUUGAUCUUCGCUUUUAUUUUAAAAGAGAAGCUCUCUUUAGAAAUUAUGAGAGGUCUUGUAUAACAUGUAAAACAAUAUGCAAUAUUUUCCAUGUAUUUUGCAGUGAUGGUGUAAUGACACAAUCUAAUAUCUAUUUCCCGUAUAUGUUGCUCUCUCUCUCAAAG